AUGACAGCCGGGACUGUGGUCAUCACUGGGGGCAUCUUGGCAACUGUGAUUCUGCUCUGUAUCAUUGCCGUUCUGUGCUACUGUCGGCUUCAGUACUAUUGCUGCAAGAAGGACGAAUCCGAGGAGGACGAGGAGGAGCCCGACUUCGCCGUGCACUCGCACCUGCCGCCCCUGCAUUCCAACCGCAACCUUGUGCUGACCAACGGGCCCGCUCUCUACCCAGCUGCUGCCACCUCCUUCAGCCAGAAGUCCCCACAGGCCCGCGCCCUCUGCCGCAGCUGCUCCUACUACGAGCCACCUACCUUCUUCCUGCAGGAGCCAGAGGAGGACGACUUUGAGGGUGUACGCAACGGUGGGGGCCGUGUGGCCUACAAAAGCAUCAGCCAGGAGGACGUGGAGCUGCCCCCAGCGACCUUUGAGGGCCUGCAGGCGCUCAACCCCAACCGCCUCUCAGCCAUGCGUGAGGCCUUUUCCCGAAGCCGCAGUGUUAGCACCGACGUGUGA